CUACGACAGAGACAAUCGAUAACUGUGAGAUAGGUGAAUUAUAUCACCGACGCUAGAGAUCUUUCCGCAAUGCCUCGAAGUAAGUCUUUCCUUGUGGUGGCUGCUUUUGAUUUCGGGACAACGUACAGCGGGUACGCCUAUUCCUACACCGACGAUAAGACACAAGUGUGUACAAAUCAAAACUGGUACUCUGGUGGCGCCUCUUCCAAACUUGUUUCACUUAAAACGCCCACUAGUGUCCUUCUUGGUGACAAAGGACAGUUUCAUUCUUUCGGAUUCGAGGCGGAGGAUCACUUCGCUAUGUUAGCGGAAGACCAACUUCAUACAGGAUGGAGGCUGUUUAGACGUUUUAAAAUGAUGUUGCACACUACUAAGGCUCUUGCCCGCCAUACCACGGUAGAAGACAUUGAGGGGAAGUCUUAUCCCGCCAUGGAUAUAUUCGCACUGGCAAUCAAAUACUUACACGGACAUCUGUUAGACACGUUUCAACAACGUAUACCGGAUAUGACGGAGACAGACAUCCGGUAUAUUAUAACCGUACCUGCAAUUUGGGAUAUAGGGGCAAAACAGUUCAUGAGAGAGGCGGCUGUCAAGGCGGGAAUCGAUGGCGAACGACUUGAAAUGGCUUAUGAAUCAGAGGUGGCAACAAUUUGGUGUUCAGGGCUAAACUAUGGUAACGCGAGUAAAGCAAUGGAAAGACCGUCAAAGUACAUGGUCAUAGACCUGGGAGGUGGAACGGCAGAUGUCUCCAUAAUCCAGAAACUACCGGACAAUCAUGUUAAAGUGGUACAUAAAGCAAGUGGUGGUGCUUGGGGUGGAAUAUAUGUGGACCAGAAGUUUUUAAUAUUCUUAGACAGCGUGUUAGGAAAAGGCUCUUUGGAAGAAUUACGGACUUUUCAUAUGCAAGACUAUUUCGAAUUAAUCAGAGAAUUUGAACAUAAAAAAAGAUCAAACACAUUCCAUACAAGCAAAGUUUGUAUAAUACGGCUUCCGUUUUCUUUAAUGGAAAUAGCCCGAAAGCGAAAUGCUGCCAGUGGAGACAGUGGAAACAGGGAAUCAGACAAGUUGCGUAUAAAUCAAUCGGACGUAAAAACUUGGUUUUCGGAACCAGUUUCGAGCCUUAUCGAUCAUAUAAAAGACUUCAGAAAGUUUGAUACUGUAAAUGAUGUAAAUACAGUAUUGUUGGUCGGUGGGUUUGCUGAAUCGACUUAUGUACAAGAGAGGCUAAGAAAUGAACUUCCCGGUAUCACUCUAAUUGUUCCUGAAGAUGCAGGGCUGGCGGUUCUUAAAGGAGCGGUGCUGUUUGGACACAAUCCAUCCAUAGUUGCAUCACGUGUAAUGUCGCAUACGUAUGGCGUAUCUGCGAACGAUCCUAAUGAUGAGAACAAACACAAACCUGAGGUAACAUUUUUUUAUGAAAACAAAUGGUAUGCGAGGAAUUGUUUCAAUAUAUUUGUAAAAGCGAACGAGGAGAUCAGCGUUGAUCAUGAGAUAGUUCGUUCCUUUAAAGUUCAUAGUAAACAUUCAAGGUGUCAAGUAUACAGAACCAUGUCAGAUAAGCCGGAAUACACUACAGAACCCGGUUGUGAGCUGAUUGGUAUAUUGGAGAUCAAUAGCACUGACAGUGUAACGUUAACGGAUCAGAGUAUCGAAGUGCACUUUAUGUUUGGCCAUACUGAGCUGCUCAUUGAGGUAACGAAUUUGCACACGGGGAAAAAACAGACACUUUUAUUAGAUUGCUUAAAGUAAUCAGGAACAACAUUGCGUUGUAGUUUGCAUGAGUUUUUGUAUUGAUACUAUUUUGAUCCUGGAAAGCGUUUUAAUUUGUUUAUGUUACUACAAUUGCACAAAUGCUUUUAUCAGUGUGCUUUCUGUUCAAAUAGAUAAAUCAGUAUACUAUUUGAAAUUCGCAUGAUAAUUCAAUUUGCACCUUUAUAAUAUGUCUUCUCAUAUAGGCGCAACACAAUUUGAAAAAAUAAGAUGUUAACGUUUUAUCAAAAUUCAGUGACAUGUUUGUUGUGCGUGCAAUUAUUUAAUACAGCUGCAUCUCUUCCAGGGUUCAAUUGUUCAAAUCAACGACACAGUACGAUUGCUAUUGGUCAAAUAGCUAAUGGAUUAAGCGUUUAUAUUUUUUCUCGAUUGCUAAGGGCUUAUUGAAACGAUCUCGGGUCCGUUUUCGGGGGUAGAUCUAGUACUUGGUAUUUUAUGAAGGAGAUCUAAAGAACGCUCCCACAGUUGAGGUCGAACCAGUUAACUUCCGGUCCCUCGGCGGACACCGUACCCACUAGGCCACUACGCUAUUUUCAGCGAUUAAUGACUUUUAUUUUAAACAACCUUACCAGCAAUUUGUUCUUUUCAACUUGAAAUCUUUAUUCAGAAUAUUUUUUAUCAUAACAUUACGUAUAUAUAUCUCUUAAAAACUGAUAAUUGCAAAGCUAGGAAUACUAACUCCCGACAAAGUUCUCGAAUAUUUAGAAUUUAAUGAAGGUUUUUAAAUAAUAUUAUUCCAAUUAGAAGUCGUCCUUUGUAUUUUGAGAGCGUCCAAUUCAUUUCAAUUUUUUACACAUUUUAGUUAUGAAAUAUCCUUGUUUUUUAUUGUCCGAAGGUACAUAUUUAGGUUUAUCAUACAUAUAACAAAACCAACUUUUAAUAUACAUAACAUUAUAAGUUAAGCCUUCUUUUUAUUUCGUAAUGUAAAACACGACGUAACGAGCGAUGUUUAGGAAUAUAAAUAACCAUGAGAACAUCGUCAUUCACAAACUCGCAAGCAAUAGCCAAAGUCACAACCGGUUUGACCCAAUCAUGCAAAUAACGAUCGUAACAACGCAAAAGUUUUGUGAAGACAAUCCAUGAUUGCUGCGCCAUAUUGGAUUACGUGAUUUAAACUUGUCGAGAAUUCACUUUAUUUGUAAUUCCAAAGUGUUGUAUGUACGUUAUUUUUAAAUAUAGUUAUCGUUAUUAUUGGUAUGAUUUUGCUUUUGAAAAUAUAAAUCACGAUUAUAUUGGCUAAUUUAUCAAUUGAAAUAUACGCCAGAAGACGGAAAAUAUGCAUAUUCAGUGGUCGACACGGUAAGCUGUAUAUACUCAGUUACGUAGGCAUUUAACAAUUGAACAAUAGGCAUUGUAGAAGUCUUGAAUACAAAAAAAGAAUGGUUCUACUCAGUUUGUGAGCAUGAACGUUAUUAUUUGUUUGAAAAUGAAUGAGUAUUAUAUGAUCUGUUGUAUUAGAGGUAUUAUUGAUAUUCAAUGUAAUGCUAAUGCUUUGUUGAAUAUUGUGUUGACACUUAUUGAUACCACAAAUAGCAUGACUGCUUAGGCAAAGUGAAGCUACCUAUUAAAUACUGUUACAAUUUAAAAUAAUGUAUUUUUAUGCAUCCCAAGCUUAUUAGUAAACUUAUUUAUGUACAGGUUUUGGAUAUUAAGUGAAUUCACUUUUUAUGUAUGUUUUGAUUUGAAUUGUACAUGCAAAUGUUCACUGAUUAAUAUUUAAGAAUGUAAUUAUAUUGAUAAACUAUCAGUAUGUGUUAUAAUUUAAAUCACAUAAGACAUUUUGUAUGUUAACAUCGUACACAUGCUUUAAUAUAUUUUCCCUGUUAAACAAUAAGGAGGAACUAUAUUUGUAGUUGUUAAGUAGAUAUUUUGUUUAGAAAAUACAUUAAGGCAACGCAGUUUUUCUUAAGCUUAAAUAUAUUAUCUCUGUCUUUUUAUUACAAAUCAAAUUUAACUUUACAUAUCUGGACAUCCAAUGACAUAAUACAGGUUAUAUUAUAACUUCAUCUGUAUGUGUAUGCCCUCCUUUUACGACAUAUCUCUACCUAAAAUUCGUGAACGCAAAACGCAAUAACCUAAACGCAUAUUGUCAGAUAUACCUCAUCUUUUAGAUCAAUAGGUCCCCUCUGUACUGUGAUCUCCUACAAUUCACAUCAAUAAACAGUUGAGUUAACCAUCAAGCUAAAUAAUAUAGCUAAAUCGUGUUUUAUCACCUUUUUGAUUGUGUUAUUCGAUAGCAAUAAUUAGUUUUAAGCCCUUUCAUAUACCAUAACAAUUAUUCGAUUUUU